AUGUCACCAAACGGGCAAGCGUACCUAGCCCACCCGGAACAGCCCGAGGGAGCCACGAUAUUCCCCCAGGCGCGCAUCGCCCCCACGACACCUCACAAGACCAUAUACAUCUCCGGUACGGCCUGUGUCCGACCAGACGGCACCUGGGAGGGUGUGACAGAAAAUGCCGACGGGACCCAGACGCUCGACAUCCGAGCCCAGACUGCCGCAGUUCUGGCCAAUGUCGACCGAAUCAUCAAGGGCGCGUCGGAGGGGAAGGGCAGCAUCCACAACGUCAUCGACGCCGUCGUGUACAUACUCGACAUGAAGAGCCAGUAUGCUGGGAUGAAUGAAGAGUGGAACAAGAUCUUCCCCACAAGGGCCAGUGCUCCGGCGAGAGCCACUAUUGGGGUCCGUGAGCUGCCUGAUCCGAGGAUGCUGGUCGAAGUUAAGGCUGUUGCCGUGGUCGAGGCCUAG